AUGUCGAACGAUAAGGGUCUUGAGGACCUCCAGGAGAGUCAGAUCGAGUCCAACUACGAUGAGGUUAUCGACUCCUUCGAUGCCAUGGACCUGAAGCCUGAGCUGCUUCGCGGUGUCUACGCCUACGGUUUUGAGCGUCCCUCCGCUAUCCAGCAGCGCGCUAUCAUGCCCAUCAUCAAGGGUAACGAUGUGAUCGCCCAGGCCCAGUCCGGUACCGGCAAGACUGCUACUUUCUCCAUCUCUGCCCUCCAGAAGAUCGACUCCAACCUGAAGGCUUGCCAGGCUCUGAUCCUCGCUCCCACCCGUGAGCUGGCCCAGCAGAUCCAGAAGGUCGUUGUUGCCAUUGGUGACUUCAUGCAACUUGAGUGCCACGCCUGUAUCGGUGGUACCAACGUCCGUGAGGACAUGACCGCCCUCCGUGAGGGUCCCCAGGUCGUUGUCGGUACCCCCGGCCGUGUCCACGACAUGAUCCAGCGUCGUGUUCUCCGCACCGACAACAUGAAGCUCUUCAUCCUCGACGAGGCUGAUGAGAUGCUGUCCCGCGGUUUCACCGAGCAGAUCUACGACAUCUUCCAGCUGCUCCCUCAGUCUACCCAGGUCACCCUCCUGUCCGCCACCAUGCCCCAGGACGUCCUCGAGGUCACCACCAAGUUCAUGCGUGACCCCGUCCGCAUCCUGGUCAAGAAGCAGGAGCUUACCCUGGAGGGUAUCAAGCAGUUCUACAUUGCUGUUGAGAAGGAGGAGUGGAAGCUCGACACCCUGUCUGAUCUCUACGAGACCGUCACCAUCACCCAGGCCGUCAUCUUCUGCAACACCCGCCGAAAGGUCGACUGGCUCACCGACAAGCUCACUGCUCGUGACUUCACUGUCAGCGCCAUGCACGGUGACAUGGAGCAGGGCCAGCGUGAUGUUAUCAUGAAGGAGUUCCGCUCUGGUUCCUCCCGUGUCCUGAUCGCCACUGACCUCCUGGCCCGUGGUAUCGAUGUCCAGCAGGUUUCCCUGGUCAUCAACUACGAUCUCCCCGCCAACCGUGAGAACUACAUUCACCGUAUUGGUCGUGGCGGUCGUUUCGGUCGUAAGGGUGUUGCUAUCAACUUCGUCACCGCCGACGAUGUUCGCAUGCUCCGUGAGAUCGAGCAGUUCUACAGCACCCAGAUCGAGGAGAUGCCCAUGAACGUUGCCGACCUCAUCUAA